AUGCACAGCGAGCUGCUGCCCUCAAUCGAGCAGUGCAUGCAACAAACGAGGAUGCAGAAGAGCCCUCACAAGACCAUCGUUCAACUGGCGCUGAAGUCACUUCUCGGCGCGUCCGACAAAGAGGAGGCGCCUCCCGUGGACCAGCGGUUCGUCGAUACCGUCGUCUCCCCGCUCAAGCUGUUCAUGUUAGCGGGGACACGACACAACGACGACGGAAUCUUUUCGUGGCCACGACUCGGUUGCCAAUCCUGCUAA